GUAAAUUUGUUUUUAUUGCAGGUUUGCUCUGUAUUUAUUCAGAUUCCUGACAUUCUUUCUUAAGAAGAAACUUAAUUCUAUCGUGCCUUCUUUCGUUGGGUGUGCAGAGGGGAAAUUGCCAUGUUCAACCCCAGUGAACUGGAAGGUGAAGUGGAUCACUCGUUUUUCGACAGCGAUUGUGCUGAAAGCGGCACAGAUGCAGAACAUAAGGUGGAGAAAGGUUUGAAGGCUGAGAAGAAGAUCUCAAAAGCACAUGAUAAGUUACAUGCAAAACACAGAGAGAAUUAUCAUGGCGAUCUGUCAUCAAGGACUUAUCAGACAAGAAAACAUCUAAAGCAAGUGGAGACCUGUAAUAGGAGCAGUAGAUCAUCCGUUUCCACUACAUCAGAUAAAGUCAGCAAUGAAAGCAGUGAUAGUGAAGAUUGCGCCAAUUUAGAACCUAAAAGGUCCAGUAGAACAUUCAUGGCUUUACUGGCUGAAGCCAAAGAGGUAGAUAAUACAGAUGUUUACAUUCAGAGUCCAAAAGAGACCAAAGGAGAAGCAUUACCAUUCAGUGCCAGCUCUAAAAGGAGAAAUAAACAAUCUCCUAAAAAAGUAAUAAGAAAUUUGCACAACCAAAGUCCUUCAGCUCCUCCAAGCAGGUCUGAGAGUCCUUCUCUUUCAUCGACUGAGACCAGCGCAGAUGCAGACUCUGAGGGCUCCUAUAGCAGUAGCAGUCACCAGAGCAGCUUAGAGUCCCCUGCCCUCCCGAAACCAAGUGCAACUUCUUCUUCAUGUCCAGGAAUAAGAAGGACCAGAGUAGGCUCAGCAAGGCCUCGGGAUUUGCCUGUUCUCCAUACGGCAGAGUCAGAUGAUACAGUGACAGAUGUGACCCCACUCUCCUCACCUGACACCAGUCCUCUUCAGUCACUGGACUUGAAUGUCACAGAGGUCGAAGAAGAAAGUCAUAAAGAGGAGCAGCCGCGGGAGAGUGUGCCCUCCAGUGGUCUUAGAAACAUACAAGAUGACGACUCAGAUCAGGAUGUGGAUGAGUGCUCUCUCAAUUUAGAAAGUCAGCUUGGAAGAAAACUGGUCUUCCACUAUCCUGGAGGGAGAAACAGGAAAAACUACUCCUUCAGCAAUGAGGAGGUUCGACGCAUUGAUUUAGAGAAUCAGCGACUACUUCGCGAGCUGUCUCGCCUCUCUCCAGGUCCCAGAUCGGGAAGUGCACCAGUAAAGAAAAGCCACGGGGCAAGUAACUCUCCUCGAAUUCGCCUCACUCACAGUGCAGUGAACAGGCAACGAGAACAGCAACGGAUUGAGCGGGAGAACCUGGCUUUCCUGAAGAGGCUGGAGUCUGUGAAGCCCACACCUGGCCUGAGGCGCUCAGAGCAACUGGCAGAAUAUCAGCGCCAAGCCGGAUACCUGGGAGGUUCUUCAUUUCCCAUCUGCAAGAAAGAUCGAUCUAGCAGCAGGACUACCUCCGAUGGUUGCAAAGACUGGAUUAAAGAGAACGAGAAGACUCAGGUCCCAGGUCAGUCAACUCCAGGGCAUCACUCCCCUCCACUGACUCCAGCAGCAGACCUUCACCCAGGUCAAAAAAACCAGCUGCAGCCCGGGCAGCAUGGUGCUGAGAGCGCUGCUUAACAUUUAAUCUGCUAAAAUCUGGUUUCUGUUAUCCAUAUUCAGUUGAUAUCUUUGCAUCGCAAAAUAUUAAAAAAGGAGCAAAGCUCAAAGGUUCUUGUCACGUAAAUGUGUUCAGCAUACUUUCAUCUGGCUUAAUCAACUCUUCAGUGAUUUUCGUGUAACCAUGCUUAUCCAUUAUAAACAUUUUCUUUGAAUCUGAAAUAUGGUAUGUGUGGCUUCCACAGCAGUGUCGCAGUACCAAAGUUAGCUGCACAAGCAGGAGAUAUUGCUUUGUUGAAGGUAUAAAUGUACAAAUUAUUGACUGAAUUUCAGUUCCUUUAAAUGUAACCUUUUUUUACAUUGCUUGAUUAAAUAGGAUACACAAAAAAAAUUGUUUUUAAGUUAUUUAAAGGUUUACUUGUUUAUAUUUAUUCUGUUUCCUGUUAACUAAAGCUGUUUUCCCGCCAAUUAAAAGUGUGCUGUUUUGCAUCUUUAAACAGAAGCCCAUAGUCUCUAGUUUAAAGAUGCAAGUUUUGUUCAAAACAUUCUUGCUGGAAGAUGCAUUUAUUAGCUUUUAUCAUGGAAGACAAUUGAUGGGACAGCAGAAAAAAAUGAGUGUAAAUAAUAAAUUGAAAAGUCACACUUUGCUGCUUCACUUCUGAAGCAUUGUGUAUGUUGGCUUGGUGUCCGU